CGGCAUCACUCAUUAAGCACGCCAAGUCAGAUUUUUUUCUAUCAGUUCUUUACGUGAAAAAAAUUUAUUGGAAAAUAACUUUUUAUUUUUAUACAAAAAAUGAUACGAUUUUUUUAAAUAUAAAAAAUGUAUUUAGUUGAUAACUAACAAAAGUUUUAUUUUUAACAAGGAAUUAGUUAAUACAGUGCCCGUUGGAAUAUCUUAGAAUAAUUCUCAAUAAGAAAAAUAGGUGAAAUAGAGACAAGCAAAAGCCAUCUUUUGCAACUGUCAUAGAGAUUUUUAGAACACAACAACACAAAGCGUUUAGGUGAUAAAAAAAGGAAACAUUUAGGAAAUUAGAAGAACAAAAAAAACAAAAGUGAAUUGUGCAAACAUUUUGCAUUAGGCAAUAAAAAAGUAAAAAAAAAAAACACUAAAGUUGCAAAAAUGCCAUCGAAAAAGAAAAAAUAUAAUGCACGUUUUCCAGCGGGUCGUAUCAAAAAAAUUAUGCAAAGUGAUGAGGAAGUUGGAAAAGUUGCCCAAGCUGUACCAAUUAUAAUUUCUAGGACAUUAGAGCUAUUCGUUGAAUCGCUGCUGACAAAAACCCUAAAAAUAACCAACUCUCGAAAUGCCAAGACACUGUCGACAUCCCACAUGAAGCAGUGUAUUAUGUCGGAACAGCGUUUCGAUUUUCUGCGUGAACUGGUGCGAAGUAUACCAGAUAUAAGCGUUGCCGAAGAAGCCGCCAAUUACAAUGAAGAGGAUAAUCAAAGUUCACCGGAAGAACAAUAUCCUGAUUCGGAUACACCGUACGAUUUAAGUAUGCCCUCAACAUCGGUAAGAGCUGGACGACAACAACAUAAUACAAUGGCCUCAAAUGGCCACAAUGGAGGAGGACACCAUACACAGCCACAGCAGCAGCCACAUCAUGAGUAUCAAAGAAAUUAUUUAAAACGAUCGAUUAGUUCGAAUCCCAGCUCGGUUAUAAGACAUACAACAACGGUGGGCCAGACAAAUGUUGAUUGUUUGCCAGCCAAAUUAGCACGUUCCGAUUCAACACCAGUUCCUCACCAGUUGUCAACGGCAUCGUCAAUAGCAACAGUACAACAACAACACCAACAACAUCCCCGACUGAAACAUCAACCAUACUCAAUGCCGACGCAUUUGGAGAACAAUAAUAAACCAAAUACCCAUACCCCUCUAAAACAGUUACGAACACCCUCGCAACCGACUGCCAUACCUGCGCCUAUUGUUAACAUCGAUUAUUGCAGUAAGCCAGUAGUUAAAAUAGACUAUAGUAAUUUGCCUAUAGGUGGGGUAACCGCAGUCAAAUCAGUGGCUACACCAUUGAGUGCACCUGCCAAUAUAGCUAGUAUGUCUGGCAACAAUACGGCCUUUCAUUUCUCAGCCGAACCAGUCAUCAAUAUAGAUCUUUCCAAUAUUGUGGGAUCAGCAGCAACUGCUGGGCCCAGCAUGGCCACCAUAAGUAUUGGUACACCGACUUUGCCGCCGCCACCAAAACCACCAUCUACAACAUUGACAGCAGCAUCAUCGCUAACAUCAGCACCAUCAUCAUCAUCAUCACUAAUUAAUAAAACAAAACCUUCAUCAGCUAAAACAGCUGUUGUUGAUCAACAAUCUCGUAAUUCCAAAGCUGCAAUGGCGGAGCCAUUCAAUUCUUCUUCAAGCAACAAGUCAGCAGCUUUAGCUGCUGCUGUUGCUGCCGCCUCAACCAUGACAACAACGAUUUCAACAUCAAAAAGCGAAUCAUAUUUGGACAUGGAUGAAGAUUAUGACAACAUUUAAAAAACAAAAAAUUAAAUGAUCAGAAAACAAAAUAUGCAUUCAUUUAACAUACAAUCCCAAGGUAAUUUUAAGUUAUAACUAAAAAAUUUUCUCUUAUUUUAUACAUACGACCCCUUCUUUCUAUAUUUUACUUGAUUUUUUCCAUUGUUCUUUUAUUUCUUUCGAACUAUUUGACAUUUUUUUUUAUAUUUAUUUCCUUGUUUAGCAAGGAUAUAAACGAUUUUAAAUUGUAUGUUAUUUAAAUAUUGUAAAAACAAAAAUAAACAAAAAAUAUUAAA